AUGGCCGUUAGAUUUAAACAUCCCAAGCAAUCCCUCUCCCUUUCUUCAGAAUACGUUAAUAAGUUCAUCAAAACCCAAAUAAACCUUUCAAAGCCCACUCCAAAACUCUGGUCUGAUCAACAUAAUGCUGAAUCUUUUGACCCAUAUAACAACAAUAGUGUACAGAUAUUGAAUUUAAGCCACCCCAUUUUACGUAUCUUAGAUUUUUGCACCCCAAAAUUGAGACAUUUUAAUCAAAUACAUGCCCAACUCAUAGUUUCAGGCAUUUUUCAACACCCUUUAGCUGCAGGUCGAGCAGUGAAGAAACUUUGCUCUUCGCAGCUCACUUUUGCUCAUGCUGUAAAGAUUUUUGAGAAUCUUGAAACCCCAGAUGCUUUUAUUUGCAAUACAAUUAUGAAAAGUUAUGUGAAUUUUAAUGAACCUGAAAAGGCUUUGGUUUUUUACCAUGAUCAGAUGGUUAAAAAUGGGAUCUUUCAGAAUAAUUACACGUUUCCGAUAUUGGUUAAGGCUUGUGCUGAUUUGGGUAUGGUAAAAGAAGGUAAAAAGAUUCAUGCCCAUAUUGUGAAAUGUGGAUUUGAGUUGGAUUUGUAUACUAGGAAUGUUUUGAUUCAUAUGUAUUCAGUUUGUUGGCGGAUUGGUGAUGCACGGAAGGUGUUUGAUUUAAGUUCUGACUCAGAUUUGGUGACUUGGAAUACUAUGAUUGAUGGGUAUGUGAAAAAUGGAGAAGUGAGUUUUGCGCGUUGUGUUUUUGAUGUUAUGCCUGAAAGGGAUGUUUUUAGUUGGAAUUCCAUGUUAUCUGGAUAUGUGGGGAUUGGAGAUAUGGAGACUGCAAAUUUACUGUUUAUGGAUAUGCCUUUGAGGGAUAUUGUUACUUGGAAUUGUUUGCUCGAUGGGUAUGCUAAAGUUGGAAAUGUUGUAGCUGCCCGUUCUCUGUUUGAGCAGAUGGAUUAUCAGGAUGUAGUUUCUUGGACUACUUUAAUGGCUGUUUAUGUGAGACAGAAGGACUAUGGGGAAUGUUUGAGAUUGUUUGAUAGAUUGAUGCAGGGAAGAGAUAUUCAGCCAAAUGAGGCAAUUCUUAUGAGUGUUUUGACAGCUUGUGCACAUUUUGGGAAACUUGAUCUAGGAAAGUGGAUACAUUCUUAUAUAAGUUAUAGUGGGAGGAUUAAGCCUGACAUGUUGCUUUCAACUGCCCUGUUGACAAUGUAUGCCAAGUGCGGGGAGAUGGAUUUGGCGAAGGAGGUAUUCAUUCAGAUGCCAGAGAAAAGUGUUGUGUCGUGGAACUCUAUGAUCAUGGGUUAUGGAACCCAUGGUCACGGUGAGGAAGCACUUGAAACAUUCAUGGAGAUGAAAAAAAGUGGAGUGAUGCCUAAUGAUGCUACGUUCAUUUGUGUUCUAAGUGCAUGUACUCACUCAGGGAUGGUAUUAGAGGGCUGGUGGUAUUUUAAUGUGAUGACUAGAGUUUAUAGAAUCGAGCCGAAAGUUGAGCACUACGGUUGCAUGGUUGAUCUUCUUGGGCGAGCUGGUUUGACGAGAGAUUCUGAAGACCUUAUCAAGAAUAUGCCUAUGGACUCUGGACCGGCAUUAUGGGGAGCUUUGCUUUCAGCUUGCAAGACCCACUCAAAUAUGGAACUUGGUGAGAUCAUAGCCAAGAGAUUAAUUGAGAGGGAUCCAGAGGAUAUUGGAUCCUAUGUGCUUCUAUCCAACAUAUAUGCUGCGCAAGAGAGAUGGGAUGACGUGGAGAAGGUGAGAAAUAUGAUGGUUGUAAAAGGAAUUAGAAAGGAAGCAGGAUCUAGCCUAUUCCAAUUUGCAAACUCGAACAUGUGGUGUUUUCCAGAAAAUGUUUCAGUACACAAGAGAAAUAUACUGUGUUCCAUGUUGAAUGAGAUGGGAGCUCAAAUCAAAUGCCAGAGUGAAAGGUGA